UUGUAAGCGACAAAGACAGUUUUUCCCAUUGCUAAAUAGAACAUUCCAAGAUACGUUUGUUCGUCUUUCCGAAAGCUUCGACACAACAACGAUUGGUUUGCUGGUCUCUGCCGCUAUUGAAAUAGUACCUGGUGACCUAUGAACUUGUAGUUUGGGAUAAGGAAUCUAGGUAGAGCUAGUGUUCAGUUGUCUGGGUCGGGUCUUCUUGCUGUGUGAGCAUGGUUUAAUGCAGUAUCUUUACCGGAUUUCUCCUGAUUUACUUGGGAUAUCUAUUGGACUACUUUUGAAGCAGAGUGAUAACCCGCCAAGAUGGGGAAACAUAAUAGUAAAUUAAAGCCAGAGAUGGUCGAAGAUCUAAGAAAUGAGACAGAAUUCUCUGAAAUUGAAUUACAAGAAUGGUAUCGAGGAUUUCUAAAGGAUUGCCCCAGUGGACAUUUAUCCGUAGAGGAAUUCAAGAAAAUUUAUGGAAACUUUUUCCCGUAUGGUGAUGCUUCGAAAUUUGCCGAGCAUGUGUUUCGCACGUUUGAUGCGAAUGGGGACGGUUCAAUAGACUUCCGCGAGUUUAUAUGUGCACUAAGCGUGACCUCGCGAGGGAAACUUGAACAGAAACUGAAAUGGGCCUUUAGUAUGUAUGAUUUAGACGGAAAUGGAUAUAUCUCUAAGAAUGAAAUGUUAGAAAUAGUUACAGCUAUAUACAAAAUGGUGGGCACGGUAAUGAAGAUGCCAGAGGAUGAAUCCACACCAGAAAAACGAACCGAUAAAAUCUUCCGUCAGAUGGAUAAAAAUUGCGACGGCAAGUUAUCAUUGGACGAGUUUAUCGAAGGGGCCAAAAGUGAUCCAUCUAUCGUACGCCUACUACAGUGUGACCCUGCACCACAAGAGUGACGUGGUACACACAGUCCUGGAGUGGAACUUUUUUAACAGUUGCAACUAGAAUUCCUAGCCAAGUGGAGAGCACCUCUUUAGUGUUUAUAAUGUCAUUUCUGUCGUGGAGCGUCAACUCCAUGCAGGUUUUGUGUUCUCUCUGGCAUGUCUUGGAUUUAUUCGGUGUUUGGACGGAUGGACAGACGGCCUCGAGUAAGUGCUCAUUACAUUGUAAACAUGACAUCAUUCCACCCAUAUUGUUGGACAGCCGGCGCUGCCCAUCACUCAGGAAUUCUAGAUGUGACGUGCAACGUUGACAGAGCUCGCUGGCACUCGUGAGUCUUGACUUUGUGUCUGUUCGGAACGCGUACUGCUGGAUAAUUUUUUAUCAGGAUGUACACGAACAUGAUGCGAGUUGGCUCGGGCUGAGACAUAGCUAAAUGUUGCAGAUACUCUCAGUGUUAUAUUAUUCUUCAUAUUCAACCCAGUCGGGUCCACUUAGGGUUCAAACCCCUGAAUUGUUGGCAUUGGAUUUUCAAAAAAGACUUUAUCAUUUAGUUCCCCUGAGCUGUUAUGAGAAUAGGUAGCCUGACUUCUCUCGUCAUCAAGGGCUUGUGGUGACCAUACCUGAGGAAGGAGUUCAGUGAGAAGUAAGACUUCCCUUGGGCAGGACAUGGAGAGAGGUAUUCGGCAAAUGUCUCGUGAUGGUAGUCCUCAAGAGCAAGGUGCUGGCACCCAUAAAGUCACAACAGCUCCGGGUUGAUAUGCAAGUCGGAUAAAGUGUGGUGCACAUACCCACAUAUACCCACAUAUACCCACAUAUGUGAUUUAGAAAAAUUUUAACACCCAAAGCCUUUUGUCAUUAUGCCGCACUGCCGACUUACAAAAGCCUUGGGUUUGAAAUAUUCUCUCUGAAUCACCAAAAUAAAACUCUUACAAUUUAUUUUCAAAAGAUAUUUUCACAAAUUGCCAAAAAAAGCUGAUUGAAAAUUUGGUGGUUUAAAAUGACCAGAUUUUUCAGAUUCCUCAUGUGCUGCGUAUAACCCAUUUAUCAGUAAUGAGUUACUUCUCUUUCUUUACAAGUAUUGUUUAAUUUCAUAACUGCCUUGGAGACUUCAAAAUUGAUCAAAAUAACAAUCAUUCGGUGGUGUUUUUGUUCAUCAAUUUGUAAUUAGCCAAAUUCACAGUAGUUUCAGCCUGCACAAACCUAGGAAAAGAAAAAGGCAGCAUUCGUGCAUAAACGGUUUGUCCUGAAAAAAGGUUGUUCAUAUAUUAAGGGACUGUGUAGUGGCCCUAAAGAAGUAUGUGACUCAAUGUACCUCCUAGUGAAUUUGUUUGGCCUUAGGCCAUCAAUAAAUUUAUUUCGAUACAAAGAAACUUCCCAGAGCCUUGAGUGAUAAAGACACAUAUUUUCAGGGCAAACUAUUUGCAAUAGCUUGUGUACAGUGGUAGUAAUACUGGAAGCUUCUCAAACUGACCUGGACUGAUAGAAAAGACAGUGUAGGAAGGCAGUAUGGUAGUUAGGGGGAUAGUUUCGCUUAAAUGUACUUGUGGGAGUAAGUAUUUAUUAUAGGUUUUCAAGUUGAUCAUGAACUUUUAAAAACAGUGUGGCACCUUCAGCAUGGAACUCUGGAUUCUAUUUCUCGAUCUCAGUUAAGCACAACAUUCAUGUUCACGUAUGCAUGGUUAAGUCCUCUGUGUCUGUUUCUCAAAGGCCUAUUGCACGUUAUAUAGGCUUAUUUGUGACAUUACUCCUCAUGCAUGGUGGGUUAAAGAAGAUUCAUGCCCUUACACACAACUGUCGGCAAAUGAUGUGCAAUCCAGAUUGGCCAUUAGGAUUCCAGCAUAAGAUCCUGGAUUUGAAAUAAGAUCUAAUACUGAAACUAUUUUGUCACUCUUUUCACUUUCUAUUCUAGGUGAUUCUUGUUCUCAGUGUAGCUUGUUGUGUUGUACUCUUGAAACUGCUUUUUAACUUCAUUGUGAUAUCUUUGAUAAUUACAAUUAGCGUCUGUAGUUUUUUCAAUGUUUAUAAACAUUUAGGGUUAAAUCAUGAUAAGUUAUGGUAGGAACUUUUUCUUCCCAAAAUCGCCUCUUGAGGUCACCAAGAAAAGCAUUCGUGGUUUUUGUUAACCCGGUACACAGUUCUGUGGGUGUUUUUUAAAGGACUCCCAUUACACAUGUACAUUCUGUUUUGAACUUGUUGCAUUGAUAUUGAUAUGUUGACAAUGUGUAGUGUCCUUGUAUCUAGUAAUGAAAAUCGCGCAAACUCUAAGAUAUUGACUGUCUGUGUCAUAGGAAGUGGGAUGAGACAGGUGUUUGAUUCUGUGAAUGAGCAUUGUACUUGAUAUCAUAUGGUACGUGUAGUGCCAUCUACACAUGAGUCAGUAAACUAGAGUACUCAUGCUGGCUCCAGAGCUGAGCUGUACGUGUAUGUAUGUGCUGGGCUAUAGACCUCACCAGGGUGGAGCUUAUUCCAUCACCGGCCCAUGGGCUGAGCCCGGGUUUACAUAGGAUGCACCAUGUCGUGGUUCACUUGUCAUAGGCCUAUGUCACAUGUCACAACAGGUCUCUUAGUUGUCUUGACUUUGAAUCCUAUGUAGACCUCUAUAUGUAAAUGGCUUGUUUGUUCUCAAAGUGACACAAUGUGAACUCUACUUAAACUCAGUCCUCAGGGUAUACUUCCUGUUUUCUUUCUCACUUUGUGUAACAUCAAUAUGGAACACCUAUGGUGUUCCUUGUUCAACCGCAGUAUGGAAUGCUCCAUGUAUUUAGCCUCAGAUUAAUGUCAUUAUGGUAAGUUUCUUGGGAAUAGAGGAAACUCAUUUAAGUAUACUCGUGUUUUACAUCAGAUUUGUCACUUUCUGUUGACAACAGAGAUGGGCGCUCUAGGAAACUGUCACCAUUUGCCAAUGUCUCAGCCCGAGAUCAGGUGAAUAUGUACUUAUCAAAAUUGAAACAAUGUAACAACCGACACGGUUAGUUUAUUUAUGUAUUUGUAAAAAUGUAUCAUUUUCUGGUUUAUCACGCUGGAAGUAUAACACUUCAUUGGAUAUCUGGUAAAACCUUCUUUAAAUUGACCGAGCAUAGAUAUGGCCAUCCAUCAAGGUUACUUACACUCCAUAUUUGAAUGUCCUUCAAUAUGAGCAGAAACCAUGCUGAGCACUGGAGUCCACGGUGCUUCGGCUCAAGCAUUUCCUCUGAGUUAAGGUAAUGAUAGGUGAACCCAAAUGCAUUGCUAUUACCAUUUGCACAUCCCUCAAUAUACAUGGACUGAUUUUGUGUCCCAGCUUGUGCUAAGUGGGUUGUGGGCUUGAGUGCUAUCAUUGCAGGAUCUAGAAAAUUUAUCCGUGCUACUGUUUGUAAAGCUUGUCAAAAUGCGCCUCAUGUCGAAUUGAUGCAUGCGAUGUGGGUUAAGCUGUUAUGCUUGCAUUCAGUUUCUACGACUGCCCAGUGCUUAGGUGCUUAGCUGACCAUUUUGAAGUGUGGCGGCCAUCUUAGAUUUGAAACAGGAAAUAUGGUGGCACCGAGUGAAUUUGAAGGAAUAACGUUGCACGAUGUCACUACUGUUUACAAAAAAGCAAUCUUUCCUAGGCUUAGGAAAUAAGAUCAUCUGACUCCUAAUUAUUCCGAGGUGCGUAAGAUUGUGCGUAAAAUUGAGCACGUAAAUCAAGAAGGUUUUACUCCUUGUAUCCCGGGCCAGUCAUCUUCACAACAUACUGGACUUAUGCAAUUUUCAAUUGUAAAGUAUAUAUAUAUAUAUUAUAUAUAUAUAUAGUGCAUUUAAAACUUUUGAGAUUCCAUGUGAAUGUUUUGAGAUGAGUUGAAUAUUGCUGUAGUCUAGAAAUUGAUCUGUUCAGAGAACUAGUAUCGGUGAAUUGUAGAGUGGGCAGUUGUCAAUGGCUUCAGUAUGACUUCUAUGAGUGCUGUAUCUUACAUGAAUGAGGUUCCCCUUGAAUAAUCUGCCGAGAUUAUCUCCUUUUCAACUCUCAAUUCACUGAUACUAUUCCAAGUCUGUUUCUGAUUCUCUUGAUGUUAGAUGUUAAACAUUUUCAAAUGAUUACACACUCGGCCAUCAUUAUGUAAUACAAUGAUUGUAUAUAUUGAAAUUGGACGUUGGAAUAUAUUCGAUCCCGUCGCAUAUAACCCGCCACUUUACUGUCAAAGUCGCAGAUGUAGCUUUAAUUUGGUGUCUCUUUGAAAAUCUUAAAUCACUGACAAAUUCCAAGUGGACACAUGGCCUUAAAUGAAUUAAAAGAUAGAUGUAUAAAGAUGGGCGGGCACCUAGAAUCCCAACCCAUCGUGGCUGUCGACCAUAUAAUCAAUCAUGUUUUCUUUCAGAACUUCUUUGUUUGGUGUCAAGUUUUUGUGAUGCACAAGUUUUCAAUUUUCAUAAUUUCAUUAUAGUGUCUGGCUCUCGAAGUUUACUGGUUGUUACACAUUGUGUCAACCUUCUAUUUUGAUUUGAAAUGAUCAGGACUGACUUACAAGAGAUAAAAUGUCUGUAACUUGUUACUUUCAGGUACAUACUGUAGUCUACAAUUUUUGCUCGCCAUGCUUUAUUUGAGCAAUUUUCAUGAUCUGAUAUGAAUUUGUUGACCUGUACUCACUGUGAGUCCAUUUCUAGCUAUGGUCAGCAUAUAUUUUCUUCACCCUGGGACUUGCAAAUAAAUCAACGAUGUUCUGUAAAUUAUUAAGAAAUAUUUCCUUUUUUUGCAUUUUGCGAAAUUUCCCCACAAUUUUUAAAAAUGUCACAAUUUUAAUUUUUGCAAAACUGGGCUAUUUGCGAAAUCUGUGAAAAUAAAACGGCCUUAAAAAAUUAGCUGUUAAUAGAUUCGGGAACCUACCGUAUUUGAGGCAUCAAGAAAUCCAACCAGAGUCUGUAAUUAUAACCACUUGAAAUCCUCCAUUGAUGUAUUCGGGAAGAGCAUUUUGACGUUGCUGGUAGUAUUGUCAACAGUUUGUGUUGCUGAUUCCCCCACUCGUUCAACUACAUGUGCGUGUGUAAUAAUAUUACGGACCUAAAACCGUCGAUAAGCCAGAAAACAUAAAUGUGACUAACUGACUGUAUUAUAAAGUUGAUAUUUCCACAGCAAAGUGUGCUCAUUUUAUUUUAAUUCAUCAUACCAGUGUCGAGGGUUAGUAGAUAUACCCAGUUAUUACCAGUGGUCCAUCUCAGUUAUCUACUGUGACCUGGAAAAUACGAGAAUUACGCUUAAAGGUGUGCUACUGAGGGCUACAGUACAUGUAUAAUAGAGAGAAACAAUUACUCUGAAAAUACUAUGCUCCAGCGAUUUUGCUUAUCUAGCUAAUAUGCUUCAAAAGUGUACAAUCUCUGGUCACACAGUUUGUGGCAAAAUUGAUCAGUAUCGAAAUUUUUUGACCUUACUUCUUCAUUUUUCUCUUGUAAUGUUUCUGAGAAUUAUGGUUGUAGAUAUUUGAAUAAUUCUCAUCUUGUAAACUAAGUGGUGUGGAUAUUUUUUUGAAAAUAUGGUCUUGGCUUUGGUUAAGUUCUUUUUUAAAGAAUAUGUUUGUAUUUCAUCUCAACUAAAUUUCAAAUGUAAAAGCCCAAUCUAAUCGCCACAAAGUUCAGGGCCCUCAACUCCCUGAAGGUUUGGUUUUCUCAGUGACUAGCUGCUACGACCAAAACUUCAGGAUCCCAAUCUGAUCACACAGUAUAUAAGUGGGACCUUGCAUAAAGUAUUCCAGGCAGAUAUUGGAUUCUUUGCCUCAACAACACUUUCCCUGUAAGAAAUGUGCCCAAUGGCUUACUUAUAGUACAAAUGUAUCUUGAAAUUGUUGAAAUUCGAGCAUUAUUCCAAGAGGAACCUUAUCUGAGCCGAGACCAUCAUGGCACUUGAGUGUAAUUCACAUUCUUUAUUGAUUAUUCACUGUCCAUUCAAGAAAGGAAAUAAAUGGUUGACUUUAAUCAAA